AUGGUGAUUAAAGAAGACAAAGCAUCCCUCUCGCGAGGUGAGCGAACCCGACUUUCUGUUGGAAUAGACUUUGGAACCACCUUCAGUGGAAUUGGCUGGAAAUUACAAGGCUCCGAUGAAAUCGAAGUAGUCCAAGACUGGCCUGCAGGAGGAAACGGCACAUCGCAAAAGGUUCCUACCCUGAUUUCCUAUAAUGGAAACAAAACUCUAUGGGGCUACCAAGUCGAUGACAUGAAAGAGUGCAUCAGAGGAGUCAAGGUUCUCCUUGAUAGAAGCCAGGACAUUCAGUACGACCCUGCAGUUGAGAGUGAUGAUCUUCUUAGGAAGCUUGAAAAGAAACCCGUACAAGUUACCGCCGAUUAUUUAAAGAAGUUGAUUUCCCACCUGCAGGAUAUUUUGGAUCGGCGAGGAAUCGGAUGUUUGAUGAAGACUAUGGACGUUCAUUACACUGUGACCGUUCCGGCCGAGCUAGGAGCACUCUGUGGAUCCACCACUUUGGACAAUUCCUUUCAGAAAUUCCUUAUGGAAACGAUUGGUGAAAUGAACUACAUGAGCCUAUCCGAGGAAUCGAAGCGAAUGGCAAUGCAUCGAUGGAUAAAUGAUAUCAAGCCAUACUUCGCGGGCCAAGAUGAUGAUGAUGGAUACCUUGAUGGUGGAUAUUUUGUUCCAGUCGCCGGAGUACAGGAUUCGCCAAAAAUGCAUAUCAAAAAUGGCAUGCUUCAUCUUGACAGUGACCAGGUUCAGAAGAUAUUCGACCCAGUGGUUUCACGUAUCAAAGAGCUGAUCGCCAGCCAAAAUUUGGAUGCAACUCAAGUGGGGUCUCCACCAAAGGCUGUUAUUCUCGUUGGUGGGCUCGGUAGCUCCGAAUAUCUCUAUAAGCAACUCAAAGGACAUUUUAGGUAUAUGGAGAUUAUGCAGCCUCUUAAUGCGUGGUCUGCCGUUGUUCGGGGAGCUAUUGAUCGAGGAUUAGAAGGGAAUCAGAUUGCAAGCCGAAGGGCCAGAUCGCACUAUGGAACAGUCUGCUCGAUGAAGUAUGACCCCGCCACUGAUUCAGAACAAAACAAGGAAUGGGAUCAUCUGGAAGAAUUCUGGAGGGUGGAUAAUCAAAUGUCGUGGUUCAUCGAAAAGGUAACAUGGUCGGUUAAUUGUUCACAAUAUGUCCUAACAAUCAACUCUUUGGAGCUCACAGGGAUAGUUAGUCUCAAAGGUUCACGGGUGUUCCAUGACAAAUUGAUGUUUUGCAUCAAAGACACAGCUCCAAGGUUCGAAAGCUCAGAAUCCGUCUUCAAACUAUGUGAGGUGGUUGCAGAUUUGAGCAAAGUACCGGAAGGCCUUCUUGAGAAGAAGAAGAACUCAUCUGGUCAAGAAUACUACAUAAUUAAUUACAAGUUGGUUCUCACACCUUUAUCUGCGUCCUUGCUUUUCGACUUGGAGUUCAACGGCAUGAGCUAUGGGACGGUGCGUGCAAACUAUUAUUAG